AUGGGCACAACAAUCGCGUCUUCUGCACCCGAACCAAUGAAGCUACGUCUCAACAGGCCUCCAACCUCUACAGGAGGGGUUGGUCGUGCAUCCCGGGCAGACAACGUUCUGCCUGAGCUGUCUAAGCUCGCUCCUUCUCAGUGGGAUCACAUGCUGGCUGAAUACGGGCUCGCGCCGAUGAAAGACAACCUCCGCCAGCAAUGGCUUGCGAUGAACAAGAACCAGGCGAAGCCCCUCGUCGAAAACAUGGUCCGAACCAUGAUGGAACAUGCCAAAAGUCCGGUUGCAAAAUUCAAGAACGCAUACAAGGCCCAAGUUGAUAACCUCUUGUCAAACAACUGCCAUCACGUCACGGACUGGAGCUGGCCAGCGCUUGAGCUUGCUCGUGAUGAGAUCAUGCAGGUCGCCUUCAUCCAAGAGAACUAUAAACGGACCGCAAUGAUUUCGUGGCCAGCUAUUGGGAUCAUUUUCUGGGCGCUGUCUUUACGAAUGGUGACCGCGGCUGAUGCGGCAGUCGAGAAAGUGGUCAGGCAGUACGUGGAGCGGUACCAUCUCCUCGACAAAAUUCCGACCGCUAUUAGGGCAUUCCAGUACUAUAAGGAAUGCCGAAGUGGCGUCUUCAUCAUUCUAGAUUGCCCUAAGGAUGUCCAUGGCCCGCUGGCGAGCAAACCUGCCACGUACAAGAGAAGAUUCAUGGAUAAGGAAUUCAUGGAUAAGGUAACCAUGGAAGUCAACAGUUUGCCUCGAAUGAAGUUUUCGUUCGAGCCCACCGACCAUCUCAAGCUCAUGAUCACUGAUUCCCGAGUGAAGAGACAGGAGCACGUUAAACCUGUUCGUCUACCGCCAUCCUUCGACGUCGAAGAGGAAAAGGUCUGGCACCGCGACACCGUGUUGGCCAAACAAAAAGGCCCCUUCACUCAACUAGAGGCUCAGAAGGAAGCCGAUUCAGGACUUGCGGAGAAAUUCAAAGCUCAGAGUGGCGGAAAGACUGUGGUUCUCCCUUUUGAUAUCAAGGCUGGAAUCUCCUUCUUUGCUCAACGAUUCGGUUUUGCCGAACCUAUCAAGACAGUCAAUGAAGCGACUGACACCAAGAUCACACAGACCACCAUGGCCACUGUGAAGAGACUUAACAAGGACGCCUAG